GUGUCCUCAUCCUACAGUUUGUUCUUUCCCGUAGGUGUGUCCCACUGUGCAGACUGUAUCGCCAGUUCUGCGUGCGGCUUCUGUGGAUGUCUGGCAUGAGACGUUGCCAUGGUCCUUGGAGCUGUUCUUCCUGGACUUGUGUUUUUAAUGUUGCAGAGGACCUGGGCACAGUAUGGGCCACCACCCCAGCCUUCCAUCUGGGCAGUUCCAGGAGCUGUGGUUUCCAAAGGUAGUGAUGUGAGCAUCUUCUGCAGGAUCCCUCCAGGAGUGAUCACUGUGCGUCUAGCCCGUUUUGUACCCAGUACUGUGUGGUAUGAUGGUACCCCACAGGGAGCCCAGGAGGUGUUUGAAUUCAUUCUGAAGAAUAUAACACACAGCAAUGCUGGGGUUUACUACUGUGACUACUUUAGGGGAGGUGAAUCGUCACGAAGUAGUGACAAUCUGGAACUGGUGGUGACAGGUGUUUACCGUGAGAAGCCAUUCCUUACUGCUGAUUCAGGACCUCAGGGAAUCUCAGAAAGAAUGUGACUCUCCUCUGUUACACACAUCAUUCCUUUGACAUCUUCAUCCUCUGCAGAGGUGGAAAUGCCUCCUUUCCCCAGAGCUGCUCAAGUCAGGACCACAGCUCAUUCCUCAUCUCCCCUGUGAGCCCAGGGCACAG